UAAAUAAGAAUUUGUGAAUAAUAAUCUACAAUGUGCUAUUUAUAACACAUGUUAAGGUACAAUCCUAGACAAGAAUCUAUACUCCUCAAAUCCAAUGAAACAUCACUUCUAUAACUAUUCCCGCUUAUUGAAGUCAAGCUAUAAGCGAAAGUUUAUUGGUGUUUACUCUUUUUGCUCAUCCAGUGGAGGUGGAAGUCGUGGAGGAGUAGAUGAUGUUGCGUCUUGGCAAAGGGUAGAUGGUAUUGUAAGAUGUCAAGCCAAUUAUACUCCUUUGACUCCAAUCACUUUCCUCGAACGCUCCGCCAAGGUGUUUCCCCACCGGCCCUCCGUUGUCUAUGGUGGUUCGCUGUACACUUGGAGAGAAACUCGUCAAAGAUGCGUCAAACUCGCCUCCGCUCUCACCACCGUCCUCCGCAUUUCCCCUGGCCAUCUCGUGGCAACACUAGCUCCAAAUGUGCCUGCUAUGUACGAGCUGCAUUUUGCAGUACCGAUGGCUGGAGCUGUUCUCUGUGCUCUUAACUCCCGGCUUGAUUCACCCAUGAUUUCGUCUCUCCUUGCUCAUUCUCAAGCUAAAGUCUUAUUCGUAGACUAUCAAUUAGCUAAAAUUGCUUCAGAAGCUCUCCAUCUCUUGUCUAAAACCGGGGCAAACCCACCAUUGCUUGUUCUCAUUACAGAAUCUGAUAAUCAUGAGAAUCUUGAGUAUGAUUAUGAAUAUGAGAAUCUCCUUGCUGGUGGGGAUGAACAAUUUCAGCCCAACCUACCUGCUGAUGAGUGGGACCCAAUUAGCGUCAACUAUACAUCUGGCACUACCUCUCGUCCCAAAGGAGUUGUGUACAGCCACCGUGGUGCUUACAUCAAUUCCAUCUCUACCUUUUUGCUUCAUGAAAUGGGUCCAAUGCCAACCUACCUUUGGACCGUCCCCAUGUUCCAUUGCAGUGGAUGGUGUCUUCCUUGGGGUGUGGCGGCUCAAGGAGGCACAAAUGUUUGCCUCAGAAAGGUAACCCCAAAGGACAUAUUUGAUAACAUUGUCCUGCACAAUGUGACUCAUAUGGGUGCAGCUCCUACUGUUUUGAACAUGAUUGUUAAUUCCCCUCUCACUGACCGGAGGACUCUACCAAAUAAGGUCAGGGUGCUAACAGGAGGAUCACCCCCUCCACCUCAGAUCUUGUCUAAGAUGGAAGAAUUAGGGUUUGAAGUAGCACACCUGUAUGGGCUCACCGAGACUUAUGGACCAGGUACUUAUUGUGUUUGGAAGCCCGAAUGGGAUUCUCUACCUCCUGGUGAGAAAUCAAAGAUCAAAGCUAGACAAGGUGUACAACAUCUUGGGUUAGAGGAUGUUGAUGUCAGAGAUUCUCUCACCAUGGAAAGUGUUCCAGCUGAUGGUAAAACAAUGGGGGAGAUAAUGUUCAAAGGAAAUACAGUAAUGAGCGGAUAUUUGAAUGAUGUUAAUGCAACAAAGGAAGCUCUGAAAGGAGGUUGGUUUCAUUCUGGCGACAUUGCUGUGAAACACCCUGACAACUACAUAGAAAUCAAGGACCGCUUGAAGGAUGUUAUCAUUUCAGGUGGAGAGAAUAUUAGCACAGUAGAGGUUGAGACUGUGCUUUAUAGCCACCCUGCUAUUCUUGAGGCCGCUGUUGUGGCCAGGCCUGAUAGUCACUGGGGGGAAACACCUUGUGCAUUUGUCAAGUUGAAGGUUGGUUAUGAGGUUGAUGAGCAUGAAAUAAUCAAGUUUUGCCGUGAUCAUAUGCCACAUUACAUGGCCCCUAAGACUGUCAUCUUCGACGAGAUUCCAAAGACAGCAACAGGAAAGAUACAGAAGUUUAUCCUUAGAGAAAAGGCCAAGGCUAUGGGAUGCCUGUCAUAGCCAUAGAGGAUUUUCAUAUUUAAAUAAGGUAAUACUUCCCUCGGCCUGUCCUGAAUUCAGUUGUCACAUUGUCGUAAUAAUCAAGAAUAUGACAUGAAAAUUUCAAACGGACCAUUUAUUAUAGCCAAGCCAUUUCAAUCCUUUCCAUACCGGUUAAUUUAAGAAGCGGCAUCAAUUGAAAAUCAUUACUUGUGUAAUUAUGUUAUAUAAAUACAUUUAUGUAUAACAGAAAAGAUUCAGUGUCAAUUAUAAUGUUGAUGAUUACAAAGUUUGGAAAAUA